CAGCCUAAGGUCUCCGGGGGAUGUAUUUUGGAGUCGGUCACGUCUCAAACGUGACUUAUGAGUAAAAAAAGCAAAUGAUUCAGUUGUCAAGGGUACUUUAAUGUCUUAAUUGUUCUGUAUCGUUCGUGUUAAAGUUUGUGUUCCGUCUGCAACGAAUGAGUUGACGAUUUUCGGUCCGGCUUGGUUCGGUCUACAGCUCCAACAGGAGGACGUCAGGGAGCUUUUAUAACACGCUGACAGUAGAGAUGCCUGUCGGAGCCUUUCAGGCGCUCAACGGGAUCGCAUGGGGAAAAUGUUUUUUAAGAGCUGGAUCACAGCGCUGCAGAUGUGGUCUGAGCUGGUCUCUAAGAAGAUAUCAUCACGGUGCUCUACCAGAUGACAUCAAAUCACUGCGGGCUGUGCUCAACCCUGACAUUUCCAAGAUCCGAAACAUCGGCAUCAUGGCUCACAUCGACGCAGGAAAAACAACCACAACAGAGAGGAUGUUGUAUUAUUCCGGCUAUACGAGGGCAUUAGGAGAUGUGGAUGACGGGGACACAGUCACAGAUUUCAUGGCUCAAGAGAGGGAGCGCGGCAUCACCAUACAGUCGGCAGCUGUCACGUUCGACUGGAAAACCCAUCGCAUCAACCUGAUAGACACGCCAGGACACGUUGACUUCACCCUGGAGGUGGAGCGGGCGCUUCGUGUUCUCGACGGGGCCGUCGCCGUGUUUGACGCGUCUGCUGGCGUCGAGGCCCAGACUCUGACCGUGUGGAGGCAGGCGGAGAAGCACCACAUCCCUUGCGUUUGUUUCCUGAACAAGAUGGACAAACCUGCUGCGGACCUGAGUUUCUCGAUUGAGAGCAUACGACUGAAACUGAAAGCCAAUCCAGUCCUCCUGCAGAUACCCAUUGGUAGCGGUAAGAACUUCACGGGUGUGGUUGACUUGUUAACCAAUCAGAAGCUCACAUGGGAGCUGACGUCGACACGAGACGACGGACGAACAUUUGAAGUCAAAUCUCUCGGCCAGUGUGAAGACCGAGAACUCCUGCAAGCCGCCAGCGAGGCCAGGACAGCGCUUAUCGAGCAGGUGGCUGAUCUGGACGACCAGUUUGCUGAGCUGGUGCUGACAGAUUUUAGUGACAAUUUUGAUGCUGUUCCCGCAGACAAACUACAGGAAGCUGUGCGCCGAGUGACCCUGGCCAGGAAAGGAGUCCCGGUGCUCUGCGGGAGCUCUCUGAAAAACAAAGGCGUUCAGCCUCUCUUAGAAGCCAUCACCGCUUACCUGCCCGCUCCCAACGAACGGCACCAUGACCUGGUGCGGUGGUACAAGGACGACUUGUGUGCCCUGGCCUUUAAGGUUCUCCAUGACAAGCAGCGCGGCCCCCUGGUCUUCCUCAGGAUCUACUCUGGAACGCUGAAACCCCAGACAGCCGUCCACAACAUUAACCGGAACAGCACGGAGAGGAUGAGCAGGCUGCUGGUGCCGUUCGCUGAUCAGCACGUGGAAAUCCCCUCAAUGAGUGCGGGGAACAUCGCCCUGACUGUGGGACUGAAGCAGACGGUCACAGGAGACACCAUCGUUUCCUCCAGAGCGUCAGCAGCCGCUGCUGCUCGCCGAGCCCAGAACGACAGCGGGACGGGGAAGAAGCGCGGAGAACACGCUGACAUCGUCCUCUCUGGAGUAGAAGUCCCCAAUCCCGUCUUCUUCUGCACCGUAGAACCCCCGACCAUGGCCAAACAGGCAGAUCUGGAGAAUGCCCUGAAAUGCCUGCAGAGAGAAGACCCCAGCCUGAAAGUCAGAGCUGACCCGGAUUCUGGUCAGACCAUCCUGUGUGGGAUGGGGGAGCUGCACAUCGAGAUCAUCCACGAUCGAAUCAGACGAGAGUACGGCAUCGAGACUCACCUCGGGCCGCUGCAGGUGGCCUACAGAGAAACCGUUCUCCAGGAGGUCUCGACUGCAGACACACUGGACCGAACCAUGGGGGACAGAAGGCACGUCGCGUCAGUGAGUCUGACCGUCAGACCAGCGGACAUGUCGUGUGACGUCGCGUUUACAAAAGAAUUAAAAGAGCAGAUCCAGCCGGAGAUGAGAGAGGCCGUGGAGAAUGGAGUACAGAGCUCAUAUCUGCAAGGCCCGCUGCUGGGUUACCCCGUGCAGGGCGUGUCCACUCUGAUCCACGGCAUCUCCGUGGAACCGGGGACGUCGCCGGCCAUGGUGUCCGCCUGCGUGUCCCGCUGCAUGCUGAAGGCCCUGAGGCUGGCGGGGGGACAGGUCCUGGAGCCGGUCAUGUCCCUGGAGGUGACCGUCGGCGAGGAGCACCUCGGCUCCGUGCUGGGGGACCUGGCCCAAAGACGCGGGACCGUCAGGGACAUCCAGAGUCGUCAUGACAACAAGGUGCUGCUGGCAACCGUGCCACUGGCUGAAAUGAUGGGCUACUCCACAGUCCUGCGAACUGUGACCUCUGGGAACGCCACUUUUUCAAUGGAGCUGGACGCCUACCAAGCCAUGAACCCCCAGGCCCAGAGUGCACUUCUCAGGAGAAUGUCCGGUGGGAUGUGAUCGCACAAGACCAAACACGUGUGUACAGAAUGGAGACUUUUCAUGGAAAUUAAAGCUAUUUAUUGUGGAAAAUGUUGAGUAAAUAAGAAUAAAAUACAACCAUACUCGUAAUGUGCUGCAAACCUAAAUUUGCAGCCAUGGUAUUUCUGUAUAUUUCUAAUAAAAACAAAACACAGAAGCAA